CGGAAUGCCAUGCCCACUUUGUGGGUUGUAUUGGAGCGUACUAAGAAAGCGUUUUUAGUAUAUUCCACUCGGUUCAAAUCGAAUGGGUCAAGGAAGCUUCUCGUUCAGGGAAGCUGUCCUGGUCUUGACUAUUCGUAGUCUCUAGUUUGGUGCGCUUGCGUGGCAAGAGUUACGUCCGUCACCCUUCUCUACGAGUUGUGGGUGACUGGGCUUCCUGAAGUGUGCGACUCGCAUAUCGAGUUCCCCCGCCCCGAGAAUAACCCAAUAGCGUGAUGUUGCAGCGGGCGUAUCAAGCCUCCGUAUAUAUUUGGCCACGUCCUCGUCGCAAACCAACCCGUCUUACCCCUCCCCAACAGUCUGCUCCUCCGUCAACCCAAGAAGCGGGCACAUCUCCACACCGGAGCACACUCGCCACAUCGCCUCGCAGCUUUAUCAGCAGAGAUCGACAUUUACUCUUUGGCCAUCAUGACGACAUUAAGAGGGCCUUCCUUGGCGGCGAUGAUGACGGCGACGACACUCUCAGCGUCUCUGAGGCUGUCUCGGCCGUGGAGAAGCUCAGCGGCCAGUCGGUCAGCGAGUCGUCUAUCGAGUCGGCUUGCCAGAGUUGUGGUAUUGAUACUGGCCGCGAGAUGGACUUCAAUGAGUUUGUUCAAGUUGUUAGGCAUCUCGAAGACAAUAAUUACCUGUAAUUUUGCAACGGAGUGAUAUUAUAUCAUUACUGACUCUCUCACCACAAUCAAUAUAUCC